GAUCUACACGGCACGGCCCCCCAAAGCGGUAGCGACUCUAAUCCCGCUUCCAGCCGCAGGGGGUUCACAAGGCCGGGCACAUCGGGAAUGUGGCGGAGGAGCGGCAGCGGCCUGCGGGCCGGCCUGAGGGCGGGCACUGCCCCCGGCUGCGCGCAUGCGCGGCGCAGCGGCAAGAUGGCGGCUGCCGCGCUGUGCUGGGCGUUGAGGGCGGCUGGGCAGGUCCUUCCCUUGUCCUGCCCAAGGCAGGUGCGGAGCUACCACGUGGACUGGAGGAUGCUGCGGGAUGUCAAGAGAAGGAAGAUGGCAUAUGAGUAUGCAGAUGAGAGGCUGCGGAUCAAUGCCAUCCGGAAGAACUCCAUCCUUCCCAAGGAGCUGCAGGAAGUGGCUGAUAAAGAGAUUGCUGCCCUGCCCCGGGACAGCUGCCCUGUGAGGAUCCGGAACCGCUGUGUCCUGACAUCCCGCCCUCGAGGGGUUAAGCGGCGUUGGAGGCUCAGCAGAAUUGUUUUCCGCCACUUUGCUGACCACGCUCAGAUGUCCGGUGUACAGAGAGCCAUGUGGUAAUAAUCUCCACGUGGAUGUGCAUUCUGGCAGAAGAAACAAACCAGGUUCAUUUGUGUGCGUAAUUAAAGCAAGAUUGUCCUGCCUCAGAGCCCAGCAUCAAUGUCAAACGAGUAAGGGAAGGAUGGGAAGUUGUGCUGAUUCAUUAAACUCACUGGAUUACAAUUGGUAUCAGCUGACAAGCAGCAGCAUAACUGCACUGAACUGGUCUGUGUGAGAGGCAGUUUGAUUGUGAGAAAAAAAUCAGUAUGUGAUGGUUGCAGAACUAAGCUGAGGUUUGUGGUAUGGGCAAUAUUAGAAAUAAAGACAUACAGCACAA